AUGAAAGAGAUGAAUAUUUUUAGACCAAGAAUUCCAUCAGGUCAUUAAUUAAGACCUAUCAAUGAAAGUAAACAACUUAAAAACUAAUUUUAUAAUUAGAGAACAACUGUUUAUAGUACAAAAAAUAAAGAAGAUGUUUACAUUUAAUCUAAUAAAGGAAAAUAAAAAUAAGAAUAUAAUCAAGGAAGCUAAACUAAAUAAUAAAUUUUGAAUAGGCUUUGCGACUUAGAAUAAUUAACUUUUCGUAAUAUUAAAGAAUAGGAAAAAUUAAAACAACAAAAAUAUGAUUCCCUUAUUCUAUCAAAGAAUCAACUAUUUUAUUGUAAAUCAGAAAGCUAUGAGAAAAUUGAUGAUAAAAGAAUUAAAAUUUAAGGCAAACGAUAUUUAACAGAGCUUGAUAUUAAUUUCAACCCAAGAUAUUUAAUUUAAGAAGGGAAAUUUUCUGCAAAUUUAAAUACGAGAGACUUCAAAUUUGAGGAAGGUAAUGAAUAUUUAGGGAAAUCUAAUCAAAUAAAACCUUAGGAGAAAAUUGAAAAUUAAUUAUAAUAAUAAAGUGAAUAAAAUAAAACUAAAACCUCACAAUUUAGGGCUUAAAGUUUGGCACCAUCAAGAAUUAUUAUCAGAGAACAAGGAAUAAUUGUUAAUAAUUACCGAAAUUUAUAAAUUAAAAGAGUAAAUAAAAAAGUUUGGUGUAAAUAUAAUCAAUAAAUAAAUGAAAGAGAUGAAACAAUAUUAAAAUCAAAAAAUUGGUUAACAAGUAGUAUAAUUGAUAGUUUUGUGUUUUAUCUCAAUCUAGAAAGCGAAAAUCAAUAUUUUAAAACAAGUUUAGACAAGCAAGAAGAUAUAAAGCGAAUCUUAUUUUUACCCACUACUUUAACCACAUGUUUUGGAAAAUCAUAUGAUUUUAAAAAAGCAUAAGAUUUAUUUUAAUAAGAAUUACUUUAAUUUUAAGAAAUGAAUUUCGAAAUAAAAAACUUUUAUACAAAAGUAGGAUUUCCUAUAAAUAAAAAUAAUUAUCAUUGGCAAUUUAUAUUAUUUGAUUAUGAAAAGAACACUGUUGAACUUUUUGAUUCCUCUAAAUAUCUAUUUGAUCAAAAUCUGAUUAAAACAUUAUAAAAAUUAUUAAAUUUAGAAAAUGCACAAGUAAUAGAAAAUACUGAUUUUGGUGAAUAAAAUAAUGGCUAUGCAUGUGGUUAUUAUGUUUGUACAUUUAUGCUUUAUUUCUAUUAACUUUAGUUUCCAUCUUAAUUUUAAUGUCCUCAAAAAAUUUAUGAUGAAGAGAAUAUUACUAAAAAAUUAAAAGAGAUUAUUAAAAAUAUGGAACCUUAAUGA